AUGCUAGUGAGCUUAAAGGUCUCAAACAAUAAGCUUGGUGGUCUGAUUUUCGGUGGAAUGAAUAACCUGUCCAUUACGUCGGAACUGUACCUGGAUGGUAACAAAUUCGAAGGGACGGUGCCUCGUGAUCUGUCAGGAGGGACUUUAAUGGUUAUUGAUUUGCAUGACAACGAGUUAUCUGGCAAACUUGAUAUGUCAUUAUGGAAUAUGUCUUCCUUGAAAGUCCUGAAUCUUGCUGGCAAUCAUAUAACUGGCAAAAUUCAUCCACAAAUUUGCAGCUUUACCAGACUUGAACUUUUAGAUAUAUCGAGCAACAAUCUUACAGGGUCGGUACCGAACUGUAGCUGCAUGUUGCUCCAUUUUCUUAACCUGUCUGGGAAUUCCUUAUCUAGCCAUAUUUCCUAUCCCUUCUUCAACAUAUCAAGUCUGAUUGCCUUGGAUAUCAGAAACAAUCAGUUUGCAGGCAACCUCCAUUGGAUAUGUUAUCUUGAUAACAUUAGGCUGCUUUCCUUGGGCAGAAAUAAGUUUGAAGGGCAGGUCACUCCAAACUUGUGUGAACUCUUGCACUUGAGGAUAAUUGACUUGUCUCAUAACAAGCUUUCAGGUUCAUUACCCUCAUGUAUUGGUAAUUUCUUUUUCAAAGGUGACAGGGGCGAUCAAAUUUUCCAGGUAGUAUUAACGAGUUUACCGUACUCACUUAAGCCAUAUGACAAUCCUUAUGGCUUGAGAGGUUUUAGCUUUACUACCAAAGGGAAUAUGUACACAUAUGGUCGAAGUUUCUUUGUUUCAAUGUCCGGCAUCGACCUAUCUGCGAAUAUGCUGCAUGGAGAAAUUCCUUGGGAGUUAGGAAACAUGAGCCAUAUCAAAUCCCUUAACUUGUCAUACAAUUUCUUUGUUGGCCCGAUCCCAGAGACCUUUGGCGGCAUGGAGGAGAUUGAAAGCUUGGACCUCUCACACAAUGAGCUGAGUGGACCAAUACCUUGGCAGCUAGUGCGGUUAUGUUCAUUGGGGGUGUUCUCUGUGGCAUACAACAACUUGUCAGGAUGCAUACCGAACUCUGGUCAGCUUGGCUCAUUCGGCAUGGAGAGCUACCUAGCCAACACCAACCUUCACAAGAUUACGCAGGGGAACAUGUGCACUCCCAGCCUAGACCCCAUAGUGGAGGAAGAUGUGUGUGAGAUGUUUGGUGACCCAAUCCUAUACAUGGUCAUGGCUGCCGGGUUUAUUUUGGCAUUUUGGGCCACUGUUGCUUUUUCAUUAUUCCAUCCGUACGGGACGUCUGUAAUGUUCAAGCUGUAG